AUGCCUGCACCCAUCGACCCCGAAUCCAUCUACACCAAGCAAACAUGCAUAGGUGGUGGAAGUUUCGGCAGGGUCUACAAAGGUGUUGAUCGACGGACCGGAGAAUCGGUGGCCAUCAAAGUCAUUGACGUCGAAAAUGCCGAAGACGAAGUAGACGACAUUAUUCAGGAGAUUGCGAUCCUGUCUGAGCUGAAAUCUCCUUAUGUCACCAAAUACCAUGGCUCCUACUUGAAGGGCUCGCAUUUGUGGAUCAUCAUGGAGUUCUGCUCUGGUGGUAGUUGCCAUGGGCUUCUGCGUCCGGGCGCUAUCCAUGAAGAGUAUAUUGCGAUCAUAUUGCGCGAGCUUCUGCGGGGCUUAGAUUACCUCCACUGUGACCAUAAGCUCCAUCGCGAUAUCAAAGCUGCGAACAUUUUGUUGAGCGCUAGUGGUCAGGUCAAACUGGCCGAUUUUGGCGUGUCUGGACAGUUGUCAGCGACAAUGACCAAAAAGAACACUUUUGUUGGAACGCCGUUCUGGAUGGCACCCGAAGUUAUUAAGCAAUCCGGAUAUGACUACAAAGCGGAUAUCUGGUCUCUUGGAAUCACAGCUAUUGAGCUGGCUUGUGGAGAUCCACCUUACGCAGACAUUCAUCCGAUGAAGGUGUUGUUUUUGAUUCCGAAGAAUCCUCCUCCGAUUCUCAAUGGCGACUUCAGCAAGUCAUUCAAGCAAUUUGUGGAGCUAUGCUUGCGCCGAGAUCCGAAGGAGCGGCCUUCUGCGAAGGAAUUGCUGGAGCAUCCGUUUAUUAAGCGUGCCAAGAGGACGACAUACCUAACGGAGUUGAUUGAACGCGCAGAGCGCUGGCAAGCAACACACCGCGGUCAAGGAGACGACGAGGAUGACUAUGACGAGAUCCAGGAGCCGGUGCAACCGCAACCCGAGGACCAUGAAGACCUCUGGGACUUUGGUACGGUUCGUCCUGUUGGAAGACCCGGGGCUGGACCAGUAUUGAGACCGCUGAAUGCCUCCGAUACGAAUUCUCGUAGCCAGGAGACAGAGGAGUGGGACUUACAGGAGGAGAUCAAACAGGCUCCGAAUGCUCGUCCACCACAAUCUCACGUGUUGAAGCCUCUUGUUAAUGCGUCUCCUACCAAAACUCCUCUUCCUCCAUCUGCCCCAGCAUCACCCACAAAACACGCCCUUCCCCAACCUUUGCCCUCUCCAUUACGCAAACCCCGCUCCCCCGUGGCUGCAAACAACCCGGAAAAGAACUCACCAUACAAUGAACGCUACGCACAAGCAGUGAUGGACUACGCAAGUGGUCUAGGCAAUGGAUCGCCCGCUGCCCCCUCUAUUAGCAAUUCAAGCUCUACAAAGCCCGAGCAGACCUCCAGCCCUGGUCAGGCCUCUCGCAGGCUUGCGCCUCUCCAACCUGUACCUCUCCAGCUACCUCUCCAACGCCCUCUUCCCGAUACCCCUGUCAGCCCAUCCCAAGCUCGCACGCCCCAAUUCGGUCCCCAGAAGCAACCCGAUGGUUCUCCAAAGCCAAGCCCAGGCCUCAAGUCCAAGCUCGCGCCUGACAGACGAGAAAAGCAUGAACGUCGCAUACCCAGGCAAAACACGCCUUCCCAAAGCCCUCUGACAGACGAAGUUCCCAAACUCCCUGCUCAGCCCCAAAGUCCAACUGAAAACGACCGUGCAACGGCUUACGGCUCCGUCAUCGUCCCCGCCCUCCGCGCAGCGAUGAACCGACGAGGCCGGAACCUCGCCCGUCUGGACCCAUCCCGCAAUCCAGUCGAAGCGUCCCCAGAAGAAGAAAAACAAUGGGACCGAAGCGUCAAAAUUCACCGCGGCAUGGAAAACAUCACCGACGAAAUCGCACGAUCAUUCACGAACCUCCACCGCUGGGACAUGGAAUCUCCCGUCCAAAUGGGUGGAGGCGUAGAUGCCGUCCUGGACGCAUUCCUCGAGGAAAUACUCGUUCGUCUGCAACCAUCCGCGCCCUCCGACUCAGCAUGA